AUGAACGCGGCCGUCUCCCCGUAUUUGCAUGACCAUGUGAUUCUUCUCCUUGACACACCGGACUUUGAGAACCCGCCGACGUGGUUGAGUGAGAACUUUAAUAUCAUUGAGGGAGGGACGCAUGCAGGUGGCUCCUCACGCAACAAACUCAUCAUCUUCGCCGACGGGACGUACAUCGAACUACUCAACUGGAUCACGGAGCCUAAGGAGUUCUUCGACUGGGCCCCCAAAUCACCCGGCUUGAUCGACUUCGCCCUCACAACGCCAACUUCUGCCCAAGAAACGCAUAGCGCCGUUACCACACGGCUUCAAUCGGACCAAGGCGACGGCAAGCUCGGCGUACGCUUCAAAUCUCCCCUCUUCGGCGGCCGCAAGCGCAAGGACGGCCAGCAAGUAGAAUGGUACGUGACGAAGCCGUUGUUUGACAACUCUGCACCCAAUGUCCCUCAACCGGCGGAAAAGCGUUUUCCCACCGGCCGUCUCGACACCCCAUUCUUCUGCCACGACGUAACGGAGCGGUCUCUCCGUGUCCCCUACGCUGAUACUUCUAUCUCGACCCACCCGUGCGGCGCCAAGGGGAUUCUCUCUGUCGAAGUCCUGGUCCCCGAGGAGAAAAUCGAUAGCUACAUAAAACUGUAUUCUUCAGUGACCGACUCUGAACCCAAAGUCCAUGGCGGAUACCGAUAUCGACCGACGACGAGUGUGAGUUUUCACCUCAGCGUGCCGAACAAGGACGAGCCUACGAUGAAAGAGCUGCUAGGCAGAGUAGGGAUUGAGAUCCGCGUGCCCCGCGACAGUGAGGAUGAGGCGUGGCUCAAGAACAGAGGUGUAGGCAUUAGGGAGGUUAGGAUCUUUGCGCCGGCCGGCGGGGAGGAUGAGGUUGAUGAGCGGCCGCUGGAUGGUGAGGGGAUCGGCGCGAGUUUGGUGCUUGUCAGGGAACCGGAGGGGUGUUAA